AUGCCGCUCUCCAAUGGACGAUUCCUAGGCAGCGUGCCGGUACAAGCAGCAUUGCGUCGACGGCUGGCGUCUCGGGCGCACCGCGGCUGCUGGACCACCUCUGCCGGCCUCGUCACAAAUCUCGUCACAAAUUCGGCCACAAAUUCGGCCACAUCACCUCUCGUCACCCACAGCGCGUGUCAGCAGAGACGCGGCCACGCCGACGCCGCAGGGUCCCAUCACGGACACCACAAAGUCGACUUGCUAGCACUCGACCAGAAAUGGCAGGCAAAAUGGGUGGCUGCCGCCGAGUCGGCUUCGUCUGACACAUCUUUGCCAUCCUCCUCCUUCUCCUCCUCCUCCGCAACCUCGCCGCGCCCUUUCAAAUAUGUCCUCCCCAUGUUUCCCUACCCCUCGGGCAACCUCCACCUGGGCCACCUGCGCGUCUACGCCAUUGCCGACGUCGUCGCCCGCUUCUACCGCCUGCAGGGCCACGACGUGCUGCUGCCCAUGGGCUGGGACUCCUUUGGCCUCCCCGCCGAGAACGCCGCACGCGAGCGCGGCGUGCAGCCGGCCACGUGGACGCGCGCCAACAUCGAACGCAUGCGUGCGCAGCUCGACCGCAUGAACGGCAGCUGGGACUGGUCGCGGCAGCUGUCGACGUGCGAGCCCGACUUCUACAAGCACACCCAGCGCCUCUUUUUGCUGCUGCACAAGCGCGGGUUGGCAUACCAGGCCGAGGCCGAGGUCAACUACGACCCCGUCGACCAGACCGUCCUGGCGAACGAGCAGGUCGACGCCCAGGGCCGCUCGUGGCGGUCCGGCGCCGUCGUCGAGAAGCGGCGCCUCAAACAAUGGUUCCUGCGCAUCUCCGCCUACCGCGAGGCCCUGCUGGCCGACCUCGCCGUGCUGGCCGAGAACGACGCCUGGCCCGAGCGCGUGCUCGCCAUGCAGCGCCACUGGCUGGGCCGCUCGACGGGCGCGCUCGUCAAGUUCCCGCUGCUCGCGUACGGCCAGGGCGUGCCGUCGGCGCUGGAGGUGUACACGACGCGCAUCGACACGCUGCUCGGCGUGCAGUACGUCGCGCUGGCCGCGUCGCACCCGGUCGUGCAGACGCUCGCCCAGUCGGACCCGGAGCUGCAGGCCUUCUUGGACACCCUGCCCGCGCUGCCGCCCGACGCCAAGGUCGGCUAUCUGCUGCCGCACCUGCGCGCCAUCAACCCGCUGGCCUACCACGACAGCACCCCCGACGCCGCCAAGGAGUCCCUGCCCGUCUACGUCGCGCCCUACGUGCUGGGCGACUACGGCGAGGGCGCCGUCAUGGGCGUGCCGGGCCACGACGUCCGCGACCAUGCGUUUUGGCGCCAGCACCGCGGCGCCGACCCUGUGCGCUUCGUGCUCGCCGCGUCGGAGGACGAGGCCACCACGGUGCUCGACGUCGACAAGGACGACAAAACGGACGACAAGGCGGACAACACGGCCAACGGCGACGCACCGUACGUCGGCCACGGCUACAUGACGGCCCACAGCGGUCCCUUCCAGGGCCGCCCGUCCCAGGAGGCGGGCGCCCAGCUGCUGGCGAUGCUCGAGGCCGCCGGGCUGGCCACGGCCACGGAGCGCUGGCGCCUGCGCGACUGGCUCGUCAGCCGCCAGCGCUACUGGGGCGCCCCCAUUCCCAUCAUCCACUGCGACCGCUGCGGCGCCGUGCCCGUGCCCGAGACGGACCUGCCCGUGACGCUGCCCGACGUCGAGCCGCAUUUCGCCGCCAAGGACGGCGGCAACCCGCUGGCAUCGCCUGCCGCCGCCGACUGGGCCCAUGUGCCCUGCCCGUCGUGCCACGGCCCCGCCAAGCGCGACACCGACACCAUGGACACCUUUGUCGACUCGAGCUGGUACUACAUGCGCUUUGUCGACCCGCACAACGCCGACGCCCCCUUUGCUGCCGACAAGGCCGUGCAGAACCUGCCUGUCGACCUGUACCUGGGCGGCAUCGAGCACGCCAUCCUGCACUUGCUGUAUGCGCGCUUCAUCUACAAAGUGCUAAUGACGUCGGAAUUGGUCGGCGCGCCGCCGGCCGGUGAGAGUCAGGCUGCCACGGACACGUCCUCCUCGACACCCAUCCACGAGCCCUUCGCCCGCCUCAUCACACAGGGCAUGGUCCACGGCAAGACACUCGUCGACCCGGACACCGGCCGCUACCUGCUUCCCAGCGAGGUGGACACCGCCGACGACCCCGCCCGUCCCAUUGUCCGCGCCACCGGCCGACCCGCCGCCGUCGCCUACGAGAAGAUGAGCAAGUCCAAGCACAACGGCGUCGACCCCACCGACACCAUUGCGCGCCACGGCGCCGACGCCACGCGCGCCCACAUGCUCUUCCAGGCGCCCGUCGCCGACGUCCUCAACUGGGACGAGGACAAGAUCACGGGCGUCACGCGCUGGCUCGGCCGUGUCCACGACCUCGUCGUCGCCCUGCCCGAGGUGGACGCAAAGGAGGCACAGUCGACAACGUCUGUGGCCGACGACUUAAAGGCCCGCCGCAGCAACACAAACAGCAGCGAUAUGGCCCGCUGGGACGCCGACGCGGCGGUCUGGCGCGAGGUGCAGACCACCAUUGCCUCGGUGACGGCCUCGUACACGCGCAUCUACGCGCUCAACACCGUCGUGUCGGAUCUCAUGCGCCUGUCCAACACGCUGGUGGCGGCCCAGGAGGCUGGCGUCGUCACCCCCUCGGUCCUGCGCGCCGCGGUGUCCGCCGUCGUGCGCAUGGUCGCCCCGAUCACGCCUGCCUUUGCCGAGGAGUGCUGGAGUCGGCUGGAGCCGUCGUCGGCCGGCUUGUUCGGUUCAACGCCGAACCCAGCGGCGGCGCCCAACAACGUCUUCCCCCGCGAAGACGGCUCCGCUGCCUGGCUGCAGCCGCGCCUGCAAAACUGCGCCGUCCAGAUCAACGGCAAGCUGCGGUGCGCGGUCGACAUCCCCCGCGCGCCGGCCGACCUGCAAGGCCAGGCUCUCGGUGCUUGGCUUGCCGACGCCGUCCUGGCCACCGACGAGGGCCGCGCCCGGCUAGCGGGCGACGGCCGCGUCGACAUUCGCCAGGCCAAAAAGACCAUUGUCGUCCGCAACGGCAAGUUGGUCAAUUUUGUUUUCUAA